AUGGCUACAUCUGUACCUCAAAUCCCCAAAUCCCGGUGCAAUGACAGAUGUCUUCCUGGGUACAGAAAAGCUUUUAAUGGAGGAUUUCAUGUCUGCUGCUAUGACUGUGUCCCAUGUUCUGAGGGAGAAUUUUGUAAUACAACAGAUUGUGAGAUCUGCUAUAGAUGUCCUGAUGAAGAGUGGCCGGAUGAGAGAAGAGUGAGAUGUGUACCCAAAAUAUAUGACUUUCUGUCCUAUGAAAAGGACAUUGUGGUGCAAAUAUCUGCAGUAACAGCUUCAUUGUUCUCUGCCAUAACAUUAUUUAUAUUAGGGAACUUUAUUUAUUACUGGGACACCCCAAUUGUGAAAGCCAAUAACCGGGCUGUAAGCUUCAUUCUCCUGAUUUCCAUCUUGCUGAGCUUCCUCUGUGUGUUCUUGUUCCUCGGACGACCGGUGGAUAUAACCUGCAGACUCCGACAGAUGUCUUUUGGGAUCUUCUUCUCCACAGCUGUCUCUUCUGUAUUAGCAAAGACUGUCACUGUCUUUAUUGCUUUCAAAGCCACCAAACCCGGCAGUACCUGGAGGAAGUGGGUAACACUCAAAGUAUCUAAUUAUGUGGUCAUUGUGUGCUCCUCUGUCCAAGCUCUGAUCUGUGGUAUCUGGCUGACUGUUUAUUCUCCCUACCAAGAGUAUGACCAUCACUCCUAUAAGGGAAUGAUCAUCGUUCAGUGUAAUGAGGGGUUAGUGAUUGGGUUAUACUCUAUGUUGAGUUACAUAGGGAUCCUGGCAUCUGUGAACUUUGUUCUGGCUUUCAUGGUGAGGACAUUACCGGACAGCUUCAAUGAGGCCAAGUUCAUCACCUUCAGCAUGCUGGUGCUCUGCAGUGUCUGGAUUGCAAUGAUCCCGGCCUAUCUGAGCACCAAAGGGAAAUACAUGGUGGCUGUGGAGAUAUUUGCCAUACUGACCUCAUGUGCCAGUGUUCUGGGCUGUAUAUUUUUCCCAAAGCUGUAUAUUCUGCUUAUAAAACCUGAAUUUAACUCUAGAAAAACAAUACUGGGGAAAAACACUAUAUAA